AUUUUGACUUUUGACGUUUAGAUAACAACAAAAGUAACUAACCUCCUUUUUCGCCUCUUAUGAAAAUUUUAACAUAUUUAAAAUGAUUCACAGCUUGUUCAUAAUAAAUUCGCAAGGUGACGUUUUUUUGGAAAAACACUGGAGAAGUGUAAUUCCGAAAUCAAUAUGUGAUUACUAUUUGGAAUCUCAGAGAGCGAAUGGAAGUGAUAUUAAUCCAGUGAUAGCAACUCCCCAUCAUUAUUUAAUAUCCAUACAAAGAGGUGGUGUUAGUUUUGUGGCCGUUUGUAUGGAGGAAAUACCUCCUCUUUUUGUAAUUGAAUUUUUACAUCGAGUAGUAGAUAUUUUCCAAGACUAUUUUUCAGAUUGCACAGAGUCUGUAAUUAAAGAAAAUUACGUAGUAGUAUAUGAGCUUUUAGAUGAAAUGUUAGAUAAUGGUUUCCCGUUAGCUACCGAAAGUAAUAUUCUUAAAGAGCUGAUUAAACCACCUAAUAUAUUAAGAACAAUUGCUAAUACAGUGACAGGGAAAACUAAUGUGAGUGAUAUUUUACCUACUGGUCAACUAUCUAAUAUCCCUUGGAGGAGAUCAGGUGUUAAAUAUACUAAUAACGAGGCAUACUUUGAUGUUAUUGAAGAAGUUGAUGCCAUUAUUGAUAAAUCUGGCUCAACUGUAUUUGCUGAGAUACAGGGUUAUAUUGACUGUUGCAUAAAACUUAGUGGUAUGCCAGAUUUAACAUUAUCUUUUGUUAAUCCCAGAUUAUUUGAUGAUGUCAGUUUUCAUCCUUGUGUUAGAUUUAAGCGUUGGGAAGCUGAAAGGCUACUAUCCUUCAUUCCUCCUGAUGGUAAUUUUAGGCUGAUUUCUUACCAUAUCAGCAGUCAAAGUGUCGUAGCUAUUCCAGUUUAUGUUAGACACAACCUUUCUAUUAAAACCGGUGAACAGGCUAGGCUGGAUCUAACUGUAGGUCCCAAACAAACAAUGGGAAGAACAGUAGAAGGCGUUAAAUUGGAAGUGUUAAUGCCUAAAUGUAUUUUGAACUGUGUGCUGACUGCUAAUCAAGGAAAAUACAAUUUUGAUCCGGUUUCCAAAAUCUUACACUGGGAUAUUGGAAAAAUAGAUGUCACCAAACUGCCCAAUAUUAGGGGAUCUGUUUCAUUAGCCUCCGGUUCAAAUACAGCUGAAAUUAAUCCAUCCAUUAACGUCCAUUUUACGAUAAGUCAGCUUGCAGUAAGUGGACUUAAGGUUAAUAGAUUAGAUAUGUAUGGAGAAAAAUACAAACCAUUUAAAGGUGUAAAAUAUAUCACUAAGGCAGGCAGAUUCCAAGUUCGAAUGUAAAUUAUUUUUCUAAGUGUAACAUAUUGUUCCUUGUUAUUUUAAUUUGUGGUGUUCUGUUGAGAGACAACUACAAUAAAGUUUAUUAUUUUUUUAUAUACGUAUAUAUUUUUGUUUUAAGUAAGUAUACACAUGUACUAGAUUGUUCUAUAAUUAUGUACCUAUACAUUUUUUUAAAUAAAUAUUUAUUCUAUGAG